CUGUACUUAGGAACUAGGAUCGCCCUACUAAAGCUGUGAACGCUUGCAACGAAGGUCGUCGGCACGAAUUCCUGUGUAGAACCGGUUGGACAGUAUUGGCCGCCUUGCUGGCGUCUUUACAUGACACAAUACCUGUACAAGUAAGAGUCAUCUUAGACUGGGCGCAGGGCUCGGCGCCAUUUGUGCUGGCCAUCUCGCACCGGCCCUGCGCGGUGUGACGGCUGAGGAUUUAGCAAAUGGCACAGCUCUCCUCAUAUGCGAACGAGCUGGCGUCAGCCCUGCGGCGACGGGAAGGCCGCCAAGCCGCGGGCCUGCUGUCGCUGAGCUCCAACGCCGGCCUGGUGGCACGCAACCUAGCGGCGUCCGGGCGGCCGGUGCCCAGCAGCGGGCCGCUGGCGGCGCUACCCGAGGGCUGGCCGCCGCUGGUGUCCGCCUACCUGCGCUGCAUGGUGGCGCAGAACAACGGCGAGCGGGCAACCGCAUGCAAGGAGUACCGGGAGUAUGCAGACGGGCUAGCAUCCAUGCUUAAUGCAGACAAGGGCGUGGAGAGCGAGUGGAUGAUUCCCAUUGCCCUGGGGGCGGCCUCAGCGCUCAAGGUACUGAGCGAGCUGGCCGACGAGGAGCUCAACCGCAAAGGGCUCACAGCAAACAUGAUGUCGGAGUGCGCCAUCACGCUGCAAGCCUUCUUCCGCGGCCUGUCCACCAGCAAGUCCAGCCAGGUCAAGAAGGACGCCAGUGUGGCCAUCGUGUGCGUGAUGAUGAAGGUGUACUUCAAGCUGAACGCCAUCAAUAACUGCAAGCAGCCGCUGCAGCAGAUUGAGGUGGCGAGGCUGUUCGACAACGCCAAGCAGGCGCACAAGGUGACGCUCAGGUACUACACCGGGCGGCUGGCCGCCUAUGACGAGGACUUCCAAAAGGCGGACGAGCACCUGAGCUACGCCUUCGAGCACUGCCUCAGCGCCGCGCCCAACAACCUGCGCCGCGUGCUGCGCUACCUCAUACCCGUCAAGAUGCUGUUGGGCGUGCUGCCGCGUCCGCAGCUGCUGCAGCGGUACGGCCUGACCGAAUACGAGCCCAUCCGCCAGGCGGUUGCAGGCGGCGACCUGGCGCUGCUGCUCAAGACGUUGGAGGAGAACCAGGUCCGCUUCAUCCAGACGGGUGUGUUCCUGCUUCUGGACAAGCUGCAGCUGGUGGUGGUGCGGCGGCUGUUUCGCAAGUGCGCACUGGUGCACGCCGAGAUGAACCCGGCCAAGGCGCACCAGGUGCCGCUAGCGUUGUUGGAUGCAGCGCUGCAACAACAGGGCAUCGAGAAGGACCCGCUUGAGCUGCAGUGCCUCAUGGCCAACCUCAUCUUCCGCAAGUACGUCAAGGGCUACCUGGCGUACAAGAGCCGCGUGGUGGUGCUGGCCAAGACCGACGCCUUCCCACAGCUCAGCGCCGUGCAGCUCAGUGACCCGUUCACUGCGUAAAAGGGGUGGGCGCGUUGGUGUGUUGGGUUGUUGCGGUGGAACACGUGGCCUGCAGCUAGAAGAGCUUGGCCAUAGACUAGAUUCGGAUUGGAGUGUACCGGUGCGUUUUGAUGCGACCAUCGCUGCAAUUGGUUCGAGCGGGUUCCAUGGUAGCCGUGGCGCAGUCAGGAGUAAAAGCACGCUGUGCAGGCAAACCGUGGGAUGCAGGUGGAGUGCAACCCUAAGCUUCUAAAGCAGGCGAUAGCACACUAGGAUGGCGGCUGUAUACGCUGUUCACGUUGCCAUAUCGG